UGGUGCCCCUGCGCCUAGGGCGCAGCGGCUGCGCCCUGCCCUCCGGGUGUGGGCGAGCUGGCCGCGUGUGCCACUCUGCUUGACGCGAGGACGAGCCAAUCAGGGCGUGCGGUCCGGGCUGCCAUGUGACGGGCGAGGCGGCUCCUUUCUCCAGCGCGGCCAGAGGGAGGAGAGACCGGGGCUCGCCGCGAGCCUUCGAGAGCAGCGGUCGCGGAGGAGGAGGAGGCGCCGGUGGCACAGACUCGGGCCAGCCGCGCGCGCAUCUCUGGGCGCCCUGCGCGGCGGAGAGCUUGGCGGGUCGCGGGAGCCAGGACGGCAGCGGACAAAGCAAGAUGGCAGGGAUCUUAGCCUGGUUCUGGAACGAGAGGUUUUGGCUUCCGCACAAUGUCACCUGGGCGGACCUGAAGAACACGGAGGAAGCCACUUUCCCGCAGGCCGAGGACCUCUAUCUCGCCUUCCCGCUGGCCUUCUGCAUCUUCAUGGUGCGGCUCCUCUUCGAGAGGUUUGUGGCCAAACCAUGUGCCAUAGCCCUCAACAUUCAGGCCAGUGGACCACAGAUUGCCCAGCCAAAUGCCAUUCUGGAAAAGGUCUUCACUGCAAUUACAAAGCAUCCUGACGAAAAGAGAUUGGAAGGGCUUUCCAAGCAGUUGGACUGGGAUGUUCGCAGCAUUCAACGCUGGUUUCGACAAAGACGCAACCAAGAGAAGCCAAGCACACUGACGAGGUUCUGUGAGAGCAUGUGGAGAUUUUCAUUUUACCUUUAUGUAUUUACCUAUGGAGUCCGGUUCCUGAAAAAGACCCCCUGGUUGUGGAAUACAAAGCACUGCUGGUAUAACUACCCCUAUCAGCCACUCACCGCUGACCUUCACUACUAUUAUAUUCUGGAGCUGUCGUUUUAUUGGUCUUUAAUGUUUUCCCAGUUCACUGAUAUCAAAAGAAAGGACUUUGGCAUUAUGUUCCUGCAUCACCUUGUGUCUAUUUUCUUGAUUACCUUUUCUUAUGUCAACAAUAUGGCCCGAGUAGGAACCCUGGUUCUCUGUCUUCAUGAUUCAGCUGAUGGUCUUCUGGAGGCUGCCAAAAUGGCAAAUUACGCCAAGUUUCAGAAAAUUUGUGAUCUCCUGUUUGUUAUGUUCGCUGUGGUUUUCAUCACCACACGACUGGGUAUAUUUCCUCUCUGGGUAUUAAAUACCACGUUAUUUGAAAGUUGGGAGAUUGUUGGACCUUACCCUUCUUGGUGGGUUUUUAACCUACUGCUGUUGCUAAUACAAGGCUUGAACUGCUUCUGGUCUUACUUGAUCGUAAAAAUAGCUUGCAAAGCUAUUUCAAAAGGCAAGGUGUCCAAGGAUGAUCGAAGUGAUAUUGAGUCUAGCUCAGAUGAGGAGGACUCGGAACACCCAGGGAAGAAUGCCCACACUGCAACCACCACCAAUGGAACCAGUGGUACCAACGGGUAUCUCCUGACCGGCCCUUGUUCCAUGGAUGAUUAAUUACUCAAAACUGCAAGUCCCGAACGAAGUGAACUGUUUGUUCCUGGAAGUAUUUAAUAAGUUGCAAAUGCAGUUCCUUUCAUAUCUCAGCACCAGAAACAAAAAUUAGGAUUAUCAACGCAUUUUUGAAUAGUGCACUGCCAUAUCUCGUCUGUGAAUGAAGAAUUACCAUUCUUUAUAUGUAGGCAUGCUGUAUGUAAUUGACACAAGGGAACAGUAUUUGCAUUUGUAUUGUCUUAGAAUAUUAUUUAUUUUUUGUAUUUGUUUGUAAAUCUGUGGACAAAAGAGGAUUUCCUCACUCCUUUUACUCUCUGGGUUCAUAACAGUGAGGGAGAUACUCCAUCUGCUUCCACCCCUUUCUGCUGCUGUAACCCAGUCUGCUAGGAGCAUCAGCUUAAUUUGUCUGAGAGCAAGCAAAGCCCUGUGUGAGAUUCUCAUACAGCUCCAAAUAGGUUCACUUUCUUUGUGUCAGUGCCCAUUUUGAAAUUGCCUAUGGUCUCAGUGAUCAUCCUCCCAGUAUAUAGUUUAAACAGGAUGAGCUUGGGUUUUUGUCACUCUUCGUGGUCACUUAGCAGUUCAAAUUAAAGAGUAUAGUUAUUG